AUGGCUCCUUCAUUCACCUCCUUCGUCCAUCUCCUCUCUCUCCUCGCCUCUACUCAAGGGCGACCUACCAAUGGGUUGACCUACGAUUAUGUGAUCGUAGGUGCAGGUACCAGUGGACUGACUGUUGCGAAUCGCCUCACUGAACUUUACGAUGUCACUGUAGCUGUGAUUGAGGCUGGAAGCUCGGUUGUUGACAAUGCGAAUGUAACUGACAUCGGGGGAUAUGGACUUGCUUUUGGCACGGAUAUCGAUUACCAAUACCAGACUGUCAAUCAGACAUACGCCAAUGGAGCGCCUCAAACCGUCAGAGCGGCGAAGGCAAUUGGGGGAACUAGCACAAUCAAUGGAAUGGCAUACACUCGUGCUGAAGACGUUCAAAUUGAUGCCUGGGAGGCACUCGGUAACUCGGGAUGGAACUGGGAAGGCCUGCUACCCUACUUCAUCAAAUCUGAGCAGUUUCAAACUCCAGCACCCUUCCAAGUAGCAGCCGGAAUUACCCACAACCCCUCGUACCAUGGCUUCACUGGACCCGUUAAGGUUGGUUAUCCAAACGGCAUCAACAAUGGUACUAUCCAAAGUACCAUCAACGGCACUAUCCAAAGUACUAUCAACGAGACAUACUUCAGUAUCGGACAGCCUUGGAAUAACGAUGUCAACGGUGGCAAGAUGCAUGGUAUCACUAGCGCACCGAGAACCAUUGAUCAGACUGCAAAUGUUCGAGAAGAUGCAGCAAGAGCAUACUAUUGGCCAUUUGUCAACCGUACCAACCUCGUCUUGUACCCUAACACUCUGGGCAACAAGAUUGUUUGGAAGAAAAGCGCCAAGGCUACAGGCGGUUGUGCAGUUGCUGAAGGCGUCGAGGUCACUACUGCAAAUGGAACGAUUGCCACAAUCUACGCCAGAAAAGAAGUGAUCCUCUCAGCCGGUGCUGUCCGAUCUUCAGCCCUCCUUGAGCUCUCUGGCGUUGGUAACCCCAGGAUUCUCCAACCACUAGGCAUUGAAGUUGUUGUGGAACUUCUGACCGUUGGCGAGAACCUCCAAGACCAGGUGAACAACGGCUUUACCUUCGGAGUUAACUUGAAUCUCACGGGCUCAGACUCAUAUAUUUCGUACCCUACAGCAAAAGACAUGUUUGGUGCCAAUUAUUCUACAUUCGCGGCAUCUGUGGCUGCUAAGAUUCCAUCCUACGCUGCGACUGUCGCUAAGGCGAACAACUACGUCGUUGCAGAGGUCGAUUUGUUAGCCUUCUUCAACAUUCAAUACAACUUGAUCUUCAACUCCAGCGUUCCCCUCCUCGAGGUAUUCAACUCAGUCACCGGCUCUAUUGUAGACAUGUCAUUCUGGUCGCUUCUCCCCUUCUCGCGAGGGAGCAUCCACAUCAACUCCGCCUCUCCAAGCGACAUGCCCACCAUCAACCCCAACUUCUUCAUGCUCGACUUCGAUACCGACAUCCAGGUUGCGUCCGGAAAGUAUAUCCGCAACACCAUCUCCAAAGCGGAGCCUCUGGCCUCCAUCAUCACCGGAGAGAUCUCUCCUGGUUUUGAUGUCCUGGCUGAGGAUGCCGAUGAUGCUACCCUCGCUACCUGGAUCAAGAAUACUUACAGGAGUAAUUACCACCCCGUCGGAACGACUGCGAUGAUGUCAAAGAAUAUUGGAGGAGUCGUGAGCGAUAGACUGGUUGUGUAUGGGACGGAGAAUGUCAGAGUUGUAGACGCUGGGGUGCUACCUUUCCAGGUCUGCGGGCAUCUGACUUCUACCUUGUACGCUGUCGCAGAGAAGGCUGCCGACUUAAUCAAAGAGGACAUGUAA